GGUGGGACCCUAUAAGAGCAGCCGACUCCAGCCUCCACGUAGCCAGGAAAACCACGCUCAGACCGAGAGAGGGAAACAUACACUGACGAUCCUGAACCCGCACCCGAGGGACUCCCGUAGGCACCCGUAUUCUCUCGCCAACACAGCAGACGGUGGGACCAUGAAGACCGCGGUGGCUCUGCUGCUGCUCUGCCUGUGUGAUCCUGGACAGAGCGACUGCCAGACAGACUGCCUGUCCUGCAGCAACAUCCUGCCCAAACAGCUCAGUUUCAACACCAUGGUGUGUCUCAUCGAGUGUGAAGGCAACAUCUCCCCGGCCUUCUCCUGGGACUUCUGCCGCAAGGCGCUGUCGUCACCAGUGUCUUCCCUCAGCGGCACGACGCGAAAGAGAUCUCAGGAGGAGGUGGAGGCCCUGUUUCCCGAGGAGGAGGAAGAGCAGGUGGAGGGAGGUCUGCUGCUGCCCAUUGCAUUGCAGAGGUUCGAUCGGAUGACCCAGGCUCUCAGGGUGGACGACAGGGAUCUGGGUGGCAAGGGGAUCCAGACGCUGAACGCUGCCUACAACUCCCAGGACGCCCUGUCCCUUGAGGAUGGGUACGAGGAGGAAGGAGGGCACGAGGAAGGGGACGCUGACGUCGGGCUGAGCUUUUCCAAGCGGUUUGGCGGCUUCGUCAAAGGCAGGCACGGCUACAAGAAGCUGAUGUCUCCAGGGAAGUCGUACCAGAAGAGGUAUGGCGGCUUCGUCGGCAUUCGGAAGUCGGCGCGCAAGUGGAACAACCAAAAACGCUUCAGCGAGUUCCUGAAGCAGUAUCUGGGCAUGAGCACUCGGGCCACUGAGUUCAACAGCGUGUCAGAGGACCUCACCCAGCAGAAUGAGAUCUAGCAGAGUGCACCUCCAUGCCGACGCCAUGAAACGGUUCCCCGAUGUAUUUCCACUGAUCUUGUUUUUGUAUUUCUAUCACCGACGUGUCAAACUUUAACUGGUGUCACCAAAGUCGACCGAGUGAAACUAAGUAAUUUGCCAAAAAGUGAAAAUUCCAGUGGAGUAACUAGAAACUUUGGGUCCCCCUUGAAACUCUACAAUCCCUGGCAUCUUCCAGCCCGCCCCCCCCCACCCCCCCGUCCCGUCCUGCUCUGGACAGCCCUAAUCAUUCACACUUGGAUGCACCAGUUAAACAGUCAUGUUAAAUUUGAUUAGCUGCACAAGCAGCAAAAAUAUGAAUAUAUAUUUUACUGUUCAACGUGAUCUACUAGAUAUAUUAACAGUAAACAAUAACAGCAUCAUUAUUGCUUUCCUGAUCCCCAGUAUGUCACCGUAGCUAUAUUUUACAUAUUAAUUUCGCUGCUGGGUCAUUUGAAUGAAAAAUGUGCCAAAUCUUCUCACGUGGAGGCCUCUGGCUUUGGGUCCUUGAAAAUGUUGAAGAACCUCAAUUAUCAAUUACAGCAGGCCCUUGUACAGCCGGCCCUUGGCAAAAGUUUUGGGUUUUGGCAAAAUGCAUAGCUCGGUCUCUGUUGAAGGGCAAAUCCAGUGUUGUUUGUGCUUUGGCAUUAUGGUAGGGCAAUGUCAGCAGUGGUGUGGAGUAUACGAUGCGUGGUUUGUGGUAAAUAAUCGAAAACGUGCACAAUCAUAAUGAUUUGUCAGAAAAAAAAACGACAACCCACACCUGAGGCAUGGCUACUGAGGCAGGUUGAAUUCAAAUAUAUCUCCCUUACGCCUCUACACCAAGCUCAGCACUCGUGCAUUUACAGUAUGCUACUGAUCCAUCCGCCAAACUGACAUCACGUGCAAGUGGCCGUCAUCGCUGACUGCUUCUUGUGUUUCAGAUGCCAGAUUCCUGUGUGUACAAACAGUAUUGAUAUUUUUCUUUGAGCUGUAACGGUUGUGAAAUGUUUUGUUUUGUUGUUGAGAACAUUGUAAAUAGCCGAAUUUAAACAUAUGUCAAUAAAAAUAGUUUGCUAUUUCCUUUGUGGCCUGUCAUGCAGCAACUGAUACUGUGUCUCGAGGUGUUUUGUUCUCAGUAUUUAGAUUUAGAUCGUAUGGAACUACUGGGCUUUUUUACAUCAGUUUUAAGUCUUUGAUCAGAACAUUAUGUACCUAUACUAUAAAUGAUCACUAUCUAAUAAGCCAUCAACUCUGCAGACAUAAAUGUUGAUGAGCUGUAAAUAAAGGUUUUCUUGUCCAGAU